AUGUCAUUAUCAAACUCAGCUCAUCUUAAACAAUACAAUCAAAACCCACUCAACAAUUCCAUCAACAAUCAAUCAAGUUUACCUUAUCUAGUGGUAAUCCUUUCAGGUCCAGGUGAAGAUUUAUUUCCAUUAGUCAAUGCUCAUUCAACAGAUCAACAUCCUAUCACACCUCAGGUAUCGAAACCUUCUUUACCUAUCUUGAACAAACCUAUGAUUGAAUAUAAUUUAGAUUGGAUAGAAGAAAGUGGUUUGACUGAUGUUUUGAUUCUGGCCUCUGAAUCUCAAAGAACUUCAAUUAAUUCGAUACUUAAAUCAAGAAAAUCUUCAAAUCCUACCCGAUUAUCUUCUUCUACAAACUCAACUAAUUCUCAUCCACAUUUACAAAUCAGAUUAGAAUGUAUACCAGAUCGACAAUUAAAAAGGGAUGGAACAACCGGUACUUUACGUUGGGCAAUUUCAUCUGGUUUGAUUAGAACAGCUUUUGUGAUUGUACCUUGCGAUUUAUAUUUUCAUUCGAAACCUUCUUCAAGUUUAUCUACCAAUACCAAUGAAACUAAAUCCACAUCCAUCCAUUCACGUUCUUUAUUACAUUUAAUUGAAAAACAUCGAUCAAGUCAAAACUUAUUAACUUCAGUUUAUUAUCAAAGAUCAUCAAGUUCAUUAGAUACAAAAGAUAGUCCACCUUUAACAUUGGUCACCUUGGAUCCUAAAUCAUCUACACUUUUAGAUAUCAAAGAAAUCGGACAAGAUUUAAGUUUAAGAAGAAAACUUUUAAACCGAUUUCCAACACCUGUCUUGACCACUUCUUUAUUACCUACUCAUCUUUAUCUUUGUUCUUCUCUUGUGGUUCAACUCUUGGCUAAUUCUUUAGAAGAUCAAUUAAGAUCUUUCAAAAUCGAUUUCGUGCCUUGGUUAGCUAAGUCUCAAUGGCAACCUGGUUUGAUUGAUUUACACCUCAAACCUGAGAAAAAGAAAACCAUCAAACCAACACCAGAUGAACAAUGGAUCUCACUAAAACGAUCAACCACGAACCCCAAUCCGAUCCCCUUCCAACCAUCACCUAAACUAAUCCGAACCCCACUCUUAACAGCCCCACCUAGUCCAGCGAAAAACCAUGAAAGAGUUCAUUCUCCAUUCCCAAAUCAUCAUUAUGAAUCCUUUAAAGUCUCGUCUGGUUUCGAUGAAGGUCAUCCUACACUUUUAAAAGACCAACUUCGAGAUGGUUGGAAGUGUGAAAUUCUGGUUUGGGAACUCGAACAUGGUUUUGUGGGUCGAUGUAAUUCGCUUUCAGGUUACGUAGAAGCUAAUCGGAUCGCAUUGAAAUCGUAUGAAGAAGAAAUGAAAAAGAAUCAUCAGAAAGUUGUGGGAAUGGGCUACGGAAUCGAUUCUUGUAUUGGUUCAAAUGUGGUGAUUGGUGAUAAAAGUUUGAUUAAGAAAUCGAUUGUGGGAAAGUUUUCAAAGAUUGGUAAAGCUUCUAAAGUGAUGAAUUCGAUCAUCAUGGAAAAAGUCAUGAUAGGUGAAAAUGUUAAGAUUGAAAAUUGUGUUUUAGCUGAUGGAGUUAGGAUUGGAGAUCGAGCUCAAUUAAAAGAUUGUGAAGUAGGAGCUGGAACGAUUAUUGAAGAUGAUUUGGUUUGUAAAGGUGAAAGGAUUACGGAUUCUGAUUUAUGA